CCCGGCGGCGGCGGCGGGUUUCCGCUAUGGAGGGUCCGGGCCCGGGGGUCGCGGGGCGGCUGCUGACGGAGGACGAGAUGGCGGAGGUGAAGAAGGAAGCUUUAGAAAGGAUGCGUCCUUAUUUGUGUGACAAAAUUAUAGCUGAGAGACACUUCGAUUACCUACGUUCAAAGAAAAUACUCACUAGAGAGGACACAGAAGAAAUUUCUUCUCGAUCUUCCAGUAGGAAAAAAACUGGGAAGUUAUUGGACUAUUUAGCAGAAAACCCAAAGGGACUAGAUGCUUUAAUUGAAUCAAUCAGGCGAGAAAGAACGCAAAACUUCCUGUUACAAAAGAUAACUGAUGUAGUGUUGAAAGUCAAAAAUGAAAAACUUGAAGCUCUCAAAGGUCUAAGCUGCAGCACCUGUAUGACCUCACUGUAUGGAGGAACAAAUAAUCUUUCUAGAUCAUACUCUGACGAGUCUAACUUUUUUGAAAAAACAAAAGACAAAGAAUCUACCCAGAUACAUCAUCCAGAAGAAGAUUACAGUACUGCUGCAUUUAUGUCUGCUGUCUCUCUUCGCUCAAUGAAUUUACCAAUUGCAGAGAUGGGAAAUACAGAGAGUGCGGUUUUCUCAGGCCCCCUUCCAGGACCUGGGGAUCCUGGUGCACCCCCUCUCCCACCAGAACUCCAGUCAGAACAGCAAGAGCCUUGUACCAGUUCAAGUGACAAUGUCUUUUUGCCUUUAAGGUCACGUUCUCUUCAGCCACAGUGAACUUGAGUGACUUUUUCUGUUCAUCCAAGGGGUAUUGAAAUUUUGUGUGAUGUCUUAUAAGGGUAAAAAAUGUUUUCAAACUAUUAAUCUGCAAAAUCAGGGAAAUAAUCCAUGCUAUUUACAAAAAAACACAACUUCUUUUAAAAAUAGUAUAAUCAGAUAACUCUGUAGCUGCUUGAUUUUUAUGUUCUUUAGGGAGCUUUUCUUGAAAAAAAAAAAAAGCAAGGUGGUACACUGGCAAAGUGUGUUUUGAGGGGUUUUUUUGUUUGUUUUGUUUUGUUUUCUACUGGCUUAUUUAGGAUUUCAUAUUUUAAUGUUAGUUGCAGAUAUCUAAACUGCAGUUACGGAAUAGAUGUGUUUUCUUCCUACUGUAACUCAUUUUCCACAAUGUUUCUGUCACAAGUGGGUGGGAAAAAUGCUUAGGAAAAGAACUUGAGUGUUGAAAAAAUAACCUUCUGAACUUUAAGCUUAAACUCAUUUGCCAAAUUGUUUUUUGUAGGAUAAAGUCUGCCCUCUAGGUAGAGGGAUGCAGCUCCCAUUGCAAAAACUGAAUCUGACCAAAUCUAGCUAUGCUUAUUUGCAAGAAGGCUUCUAAUAUUCUGAGCUUUUUUCUUUAUGCUAGUGGUAAGUUGAAAGGUGCUUAGUACUGCAGUGAUUUGAGUCAGCAAAUAUGCUUCCACAAGUUUACUGUAUUCUCUUAUAUAUUCUCUCAAUAUACUCUUGUGUAUUAUUUAGAGAUUUCUGAUCUGAAAUGCACUUUAAAUUUAAAUUCACGUUAGUACUGGAAGUAUUAAUGGAAUUCUGGAAUACUGGAAGUAUUAAUGGAAUACUGGAAUGUAAACUGCUGUUACCACAUCAUGUGGACUGUAAAAAAAUCUUACUGUAUAAUGCUGUUAAGGGGCAAAGUGGGUAUGCUUUUUCCUAGUAGAUAAAUAGAGAAGGAGUCCUGUAGCAAGAAAGUGUCCUUAACUGAAGGACUCCUGAAAAUGUUGCACUUCAGACACGCACUCUUCAAAGUGGGUAGACACGUUUACAUUUCAAAUUGUUUGGAGUCAAACACAUCUUAAACUAUUUCAACAUGGGAAGGUUCUCAUAUUUCCUGACAUGGUGUAACAUGCUGUAUUCCUCUCAUACUCUUGUCUUAAGUUGUAAUCUACUUUUGAUGAAGCAGGCCUUUAAUCAUUUUAAAAUUAUUAGCCAAAUACACACUCUUAUACAAAAAUGUAUAUAGGUUAACUAUUCUGCAUACUACGUUUUAAAGUGAUGUUUUCAGUAUAUCAAAAGGUAGGUUUGUACUUAAGACUUUAAUUAAUCUCUCACACAGCACUAUAGCCAUUUUAUUCCUUAAGCCAGAUAUUUCUAAAUUGUGUUCUCCUUUUCUGGAGGCAGAGUCUCUGCAAGACCACAAUACAGUCUCUCAAUGUUUUUGUCAUAUUCAUUCUGGUUUUGGAAGUAGAUUCAAAUAAACUGCAAUGUUUAACUACAUUCCAACUUUAAUAUAUAAAUAGCUUACAUUUGAUAAAGAUGUGGGCUUUUGUAUAGUGUUUAUAAAAAUACUUGUUUUUCUUGUGUAUGUCUAAGGUGACAGACCAUCAGGAUGGUAAAAAUACCUCUAACCUGCUUUGGUUCAAAAGGCGCUCUGGGAGUUAGGUGCCUAAAUUCAAGAAAAAAUCUUGCUCUCUCAUGAAGAUUAAGGGUUUGCUAAGUGCCUGUUUCCUAUAAAUUUGAACUGUAGUUGCACAUACUCAGGAUAUUUGAAAAUACAUACAUACAUAUAUAUACAUACAUAAGUUCAAGAAUACAAGCACAUGUACAUAUGUAUGUAUGACUAAAUGUUCUUCCAUCACUAUCUGCUUUAAGAUCUGUGCUUGUAUUCUUGAACUUAUUUUACUACCUUGUUAGAACCUUAAUUUUUGGUCCCUUUGUUGCUGUGAGCCCUUGAUUCCUUUGCAGUCGAUGGACAUCAGCUACACUAUUAAGUGUAUUUCUAAACUGAGUUUUAGAAAAGCAUUCAUGAAUUUGCAUGAGAGUCUGCUCAGUGUUAUUUGAGUUUCUUGGAUUCUGAUAAAUGGGAGAGAGCAAGCUUGGCCCUAGCUAAGAAACUUCAUCUUAAGCCAAGCACAGUCUUGCAGCUGUGAAUCAAAAGGUGUAACGUGUGCUGCCUACCACACUGCACGGCGUGCAGCAGGCCUUCCCGUACAGGGAUUGCUGCUGCAGUGGAGCCUAUUAACCUGAGAUUUUAAAUGAAUGUAUAAUCUUACCAAAUGUUUGUAACAUGCUUUCCUUUUUUUUUUUUAAUUUGUGAAAUAUUUUUAUCAUAACUUUUGAAAUAAAUUUUUGUGCAUAAUAGCCUGU